CCUCAGUGCGUCUUUUGCUGACGCAGUGACGUGGCAUUCAACGUGCCGUGCAGUGUUGUUAUCCUGUAGCUUUAGCCGCCGCCUGAGAAACAUAUUGUACAUUUCAUCAGGAUCUGAUCAUAUACCGUCCUGUAGUCCGGUGAAAGCCGAGGGGACAGCCCGGAUAAGAGCUCAGACUCUCCUUUUGUUCCGGAUUAAACUCUGGUAAGUCCUGAGGAGCUGCGGUUGUUCUGGGACGUUUCAACAGAAUGCUGAACCCCCCUUAGCGAAUAUCAGGAGGACGAGCAUUAGGAUGAACAUUGGUUCUAAAAAUAAGAAGAGGGUGGUUUUACCCAGUCGCCCCGACCCCCCCACUGUGGAUCAGAUCUUGGAGGACAUCAACAGAGCCGCUCCCAAUGACCCUGUCUUCAGCAUUCUAGAGCAGACCGGACAAGACUCGUCACGGCCCUCAAACAGCGAGGUGGAUUCCAGGUUCCAGCAGUGUCGCCAGUACCUGGAGCUGAAUGAGCGCCUACAGGAGGUCAGAGGUCGUCUGCUGAGGCAGAGGGAGGAGCUACGAGCGGCGGGAGAGGAGCUGGAUAGAGAUGUAGCGGAGGUCAAAGGUCAAACAUCUUGACUCUGUGGUACUGUUGGACUGACCCUCUCAGAGCUGAGGAUCUGCUUGAUUGGCUGGAUCAGGCCCAAACCCACCUAAGUGCCCUUGAGCCAGACACUGUUCAGCAGCCGCACUGUUGACUUCUAAGGAGAAACAUGUUGCUGAAUUGAGCUGCUGAAUAUGUUGGGGUUUCCUGUCAGGGGUAAAUUAAUACACCUCAAAGUUAACAGAAAGUCCUCCAGAUGGAUUGAUCCUGCAAUUUACUUACUUAGUCAUUUCAUCUCAAUAUAUUCAAAUAAAGACAGAUUAUCAAAGUGUGAAGAGAUGGGGAAUAUGAUAUUAUUCCUGGAAACCCCAAACUGUUAAAUUCGUCAUGAAAUGAGAGGAAACAAGCAAAAUCUCAUGUUUCAGAAGUGGUAGCUCAAGUUUCAGUGUUUAUUUCAGCCCUUGUCUAUUAUCAGAUUAAUCUGAAGUGCUAUGAUGUGUUUGGACAGAAAAUAAAGUCAGGGGUGUUUUAUUUACUGACAGAACUUAUUAUUCAACAUGAGGUCCUUUCUCAUACUUUCCUCUGAUCCCUGUGUUCCUGAAGUUAUGCCAGGGCUCAAAAUUUAAUCUGAGUACCUAAAUAUGGAAAUUCAGUUAUUACACCAUCACUGACCAGAUAAUCCAUCCAACUUUCUCUCAGAUUUUCCAAAGAAACCCCAGAUCCAGAUACAGACUUUUAAAAGUUGCCAAAACCUCAACCACAUACUGCAUACUCUGUCCACAGGAGGGCACUGAAGUCCACACAAUGAUCCUGUUUAAUACUUCGCAAGGACAAAAUCUUGUGUAAUAUUUUAAAACCCCAGUCUUCUUUUAUCCACUGUGGCACUGUGUGGGUGUAGCAAAUUAAAAAUGUUGUUUGACAUACCCUCAAGAUUUCUCACAUUUCUGCAAUCCAGCCUAAAUGCAGCCCACUGCUGGGAUUGAAAUUAUUUAAAUCCUACAUCCUUUUUUUUGUGUCAAAGGAUUUAAAGGAUGUGUUCACUUUUUUGAGUCUAACUCUAUGAACAUUGAAACAGGUUUCUUUGUUGAUACUGUUCAUCUCCAUCGCUUCCUCCACAAGUAUUUGAAGUUACUAUGAAGAGAAGGCGGUGUCACAGAGUAGGAUGAUGUUGUGUCCUCAGUAUCCAUACAUUCCUUUUUUUUGUUUGGAUCACUCAUGCAGCUCAGCGAGGAAAAAACAUAUAGUCCAGAUUUUAAAUAAUGAAACUACUUGAAAUAUGGAUGUCCUCUGCAGUGAAUCCUCUGAAAACAACAGAAUUUGUUGCUCUUCUCUCACUCAAAUCAUGUAAAUGCAUCAGACUUGUUUUGUCUGUGAUCCACCCUGUGUGUUCAGUCUGAACACCUCUCUACUGCGUCACUGAAUUUCACAACAGAUUCAAAUAAAGUGUAUGACAGAAUGCA